AUGACAGGGUCUGGUGAUACUUACCUGUACUGUCCAGCAUCUGAACGGCUUCAAUCCCUGCCUACUGCACAAGAACCGGGAGCUCAACGUGACAGAGGCGGGAAGAAACAAUCUGGGAGGGCUCGUCGGUCGACCUUUUCAGAGGGCGGUCACGGCAGCAGUGGGAAACGACGUAGUGCGGACGACGUGACCUUUGAGGUGUUCGGUGUCCCGGAUGACGAAACUCGAGUGAGGAAUGACUUGGACGAAUUGGACUUGGAGAGAGGGCCGGACCGGGCAAAAGCACUGGGAGACCAUGAGCAAUAUGAGGUUUGA